AUGGCCGUUUCUGCUGGUGACAUAAGUCCCGUUCCUCAGGUUAUGAGCGCCCAACCGGGUGCUGCGCAGCCGCUAGUGAACGGUGUUCCGGGGAGCCCGAGACGGGUGGAGGCGGAAACCGCAGCGGAAGGGUCGGGUCCAUCCUUGUCGGGUGGAUCCGACCAACCGCAGUAUGUUACAGAAGUUGUGGCGGAGGGUGAAAAAGGUGAUGGAGACGCUAAUGGAGCGCCGGGUCUGUCAUCCACGCAAGCAGCUGCAACUAUGAAUGAAGAUGUUCCUAUGGGAAGCCGAACUGCCGCUUCUGGCAUGACUGGAGAUCCGGGACUACAGGCCCGUGCAGACACGUCCGACCAAGUGGGACCACGCAGGGAGAUGUCAGCUGGUUUUCAGAAUGCGCAGGUGGAUGCAGAGCUUCCUGGAGAUGCCACGCAAGAUGGCGUCCGUGGGCCAAACUGGAGCUUGGCCAGGCUGGGUGACGCGCUUGGGAGAAAUGUUCAAGGCGCCUCCUGCACAAUGGCUGCCGAGCCCACUGCCAUCACCGCCGAGACCGAGAUUGCAGACGGACCUUACCCAAGGCACGCCAGCUGGGCGAACUGCGGCUAUGGGAGCUACUGGUGUGGCAGGUCCCUGGAGAACCGCUACAGCAAGCUGAAGCGGAGAAUCAGCGACUUCAGGAUCAGCUCUAUCGUGCUCGCGGCGAUCCGGAGGUACCUCAAGGCAAUAGCAACCAGGGACUACCUCAAGGCAAUAGCAACCAAGGACUACCCCAAGGCAAUAGCAACCAAGGACUACCCCAAGGCAAUAGCAGCCAAGGACUACCCCAAGGCAAUAGCAGCCAGGGACUACCUCGGGGCAAUAGCAAUCCAGGACUACCGCAGGGUGAUCAUAGCCAGGGAGUAUGUCAAGGAGAUAGCAAUCGGGGACUAUUUCAGGGUGAUGGUCUCAGAGAUAAUCUACCUCAAGACCAACCCUUGGAGGGAUCCGCUGGGAGCGUUGUGGGAAGAGCUUACCUCAGGGAGAACAGGGCAGGGGUCUGCAAUCCGCUCACAGGGCCCGAUCCAGAUCGACCAGGCUGCGACUUCGGGAACAGAUGCUGCAUCAACCAAUGCUAUCCUCGAAGCUCUUACUAGAAAUCUUGCGGGACUACAAGCACUUCAGGAGAAAACCUUAAAGAAGGACUUGGAUGCCGAUGAGUCACCUGAGCAAGUGAAGAGCACUACGGUAGCUUUGCCAAUCCUACCCAGUCCUGAAGGUUCAGCUAUGGGAAUACUCCUACAAGACUGGCUGGCCCAAGUAGCAGUGCCGAUGCAGGACCUGUCAGCGUCGUCGGGAACAUGGUGGUCACAGGUUUUGGAGCUGGUGCAGACCACUUAUGCUGCGUGGUUGGCGUCGUCGCCCCUGGAGCGCUUGCAGAUGGAGCCGAAGGAUCAUGGGGCUCUCACCACGGGCCGCUGGACACGGGUGAAUGCCAGAGCGUGUUCGCUCAUUCUUCAGUCCCUCCCGGAGACGGUGAAGUUGGACCUUAUCGCACGAAGGGUGGUUCAAAGCUCGCCCCUAGUGCUCUUCAGACUUCACACAACUUAUCAACCCGGGGGUGCGUCAGAGCGCUCUACAGUACUGGGCAACCUUCAGAAUGCGGUGCAGUUCGAAACUAUCGAUGAGUGCUUGGCGGACGUGGCCCGAUACCAGCAACACUUGCAGGCGGAGAUCGAAGCGCUGAUCGCAGCAAGGACGCAGGAGGAGUGGGAUGGCUCGAGCCCCGUGGUUGUGAACUUGGCCGGAGGCGAGUCAGUGAGCCUUCGCAUGAACCAGGCUGGGACCAUCUUGGAUGAGAAUCUGGAGUCCUUGAAGGCCAAUACCACUGCUACGAGACGUCGGGUGAAGGCAGCGGCGCUCUCCAUGGAGCGGUCGUGGUUCGACUACCUGUUGUCGUAUGUGGAUGGUGAGAUGGCUUCAGAGGCAUUGAAAGCGGUUGAAUCGGCGCCCUUCCUUCAGGAAGUGCCUCGCCAGUGCAAGGCUGGCCUCGUGGAGCCUUUUCCAGAGGCUAAUGGCUGGAGUGCUCUUAAAGGCUUGGAGCACCUCAACCGGCGAACCCGAAAGCGACUGUGGAGCUCGGACAAGUGGUUGGUUCACCUGUUCUCGGGGAAAAAGGAGCGGAAAGACCUUCACCACCUCGAGGCCCACGGUUACACGAUCCUGGAGCUUGACAUUGAGCGGGGCCGAACUCAUGAUUUGCUGAAGACGGCUACGUGGAGGGCGAUCGAGUUUGGAGCGCGAAAGGGAAAGAUUGCCGGGAUCAUCGGGGGCCCACCGCAAAGCUCUUUUAUGAUUUCACGACAUGUGGUUGGAGGUCCAGAACCGGUUCAUUCCAAUGCAGCUAUGUACGGCAAUUGGCCGGGACAGUCCCAUGCGGAUGCGUGGCUGGCUGAUCGUGAAACACAGUUGCUGACGCGAAUGAUCUACUUGCAUGCGUUGGCAACAGCAGGAAGGAUGAGGGCGAGUUCCAGUCCGGAUGCGGUUAAAAAUGUGGCUUUUAUGCUAGAGCAUCCUCGGGAUCCACGUGGCUACCUGAAGUACCAGGAUCCCCUAUACAAUGACGUUGUGAGCUUCUGGAGAACGCCACUGUGGACAGAGUAUGCUUUGGAGGCUGGAUUCAAUUCCUACCACUUCGAUAUGGCAGCGUUUGGAAAGGCUUUCACCCGACACACCACGAUCGGCACCAACCUGCCCCUCAAGCACUUGAAUGGGCUCCGAGCGAAAUGGCGUUCAGAUGAUCAGGCACCGGAGCGAUCGCCCCCAAGCGUGUGGACCUCGGAGUUCUAUGAGCAGGUGGUUCUGGCGUUACGGACCUGGGGGGCAGUUCCAAAGAUGAUUCGUAUGAGUGCGGAUCAGUGGCGGGAACACGUCCGACGGGGCCAUUUACCCUUUCGCUCCGAUUGUGCUGUGUGUGUUCAGGCUGGAGCAACGGGGAGGCGGCAUGCAAGGAUUGAGCAUCCCAGUGCCUAUGCGUUGUCAGCGGACCUAGCCGGGCCAGUGAAGAUUGGAGGAGUGGAUCCAGAUGGAAGGGGAGCUUUCCCAAAGCAGUUCAAGUACAUUUUUGUGGCAAAGCUCAAGGUUCCCAGAACCUUUGUAGAAGAUGGACGUGGAGUUUGGGUUGAGUACGACGACGGGGAGCUGGCGCCGGAUAAGUAUGAUGAGGUUGAUGACGGCUUGGAGGUGGAGCCUAAACCUGCCAAGGAAGCGAUUCGGCCUGAGGGGCUGGAUGAUGAUGCAGACCCUGAUCAUACAGAAGGGCCAGCAGCGAAGCGAGAUCCUGAAGACGAUCUUGACCUUGCUGCCCCAGAGCUUGUCAAUCUUAUCUUCACGGCCGCGUUGAAAGAUGAUAAGGCGCCCACGGUCCUAGAGGCAAUCCAGGAUGUGGUCCUCUACUGCCAGUCCCUCAACAUCCCUGUGCUCCGUUUCCAUUCCGACCGAGGUAUGGAGUUUCAAGCUAGAGCUUCGAAGCAGUGGCUUAAGAACCAAGGGAUACGAGUGACAUCGUCGGAAGCAGGUGCGCAUCAAACCAAUGGUUCUGCAGAGGCGACGGUCAGAUGGGCCAAACAGCGAGUGAGGGCAUUACUUUUGUCUGCCAAGCUUCCUCAGAAAUUGUGGCCUAUGGCGUUGACUACAGCGGCCACUAUGCAGCGAGCUGAUGUGUUGGGAUUCGAACCACUUCUGGCAGCGCCCUUCGGUGCUAAAGUCAUGGUGAAGAAGAGACAGCUGGAAGGACCAAAGCUGGAUGAUUUGGCACCAAAGUGGCUUCAAGGGACCUAUGUGGGUAGAUCCGAGAGUUUGCGCAGAGGGCACCUUGUUUAUGUCAGUGAUGAGGACGGAGAGAAGUUUGUGCACACGCUACAUGUUCGAAGCGCUUUGCAUGAUCCUGGACCAGUUGAAGAAGAGUUCGUUGCCGAAGAGCCAACAGGACCUAGUGUGCGAGUUCGGGGAAAGUCAAGUGGCAGUGGAGAUGUUGUGGGUGUUGCCAAGGCCAUCGUCCUGGACGAGGCGGAGUACCAAGCUAGAGCUGAGACGGUUCUACAAGUGUGGUCCCAGGAGGAGGCGGAGGUGAUUGUGAAGCAAAUGGCGUCGUCUCUACCUCCUUCGGAGUGCGUGUACGGGAUGUUUCGCUAUGGUGGAAAGACUGGAGUGACGAAGGCUACGAUAGAAAGGCCGUGGUUUGCGAAGUUGCUCCUGAAGCUCCUUCUGGACAAGGCCCCGGAUGCGGAGUUUGCGGCAUUGUUUGUAUCCGUGCGAAACGACAAGGAGGUGCAUAUCGACCGCAACAAUGCCAUGGGGACGCUCAACUAUCUACUUCCGCUCAUAAUGCCACGUCGAGGUGGAGAUAUUUGGCAGGAGCUACGGGACGGAGAUGUUGUUCAAGGAAGAGUUUCAGAGUUGGAAACGCCAGAGGGGAAGAAGCGAUACGGGUGUACGUAUCCUUUACAAGAAGGCAGGGUCUUUCAGCUCAAUCCCCAUCGUCGACAUGCUGUACUUCCGUGGACUGGUGAGCGACUUGUAGUAGUGGGCUACACCCCGGGAAUGUUACAAAACCUUACAGCCCAAGACCGGGAGCGCUUGUGGGAUUUGGGAUUUCCUAUGCCGUUGUUUGACGAGAUGACCGGCACGAUCGUGAACAUCAAUGCGCUAUCUAUAAGAAGUGUGGCCUAUGGACCGAAGGUUUUUGAUGAAGAUGAAUCUGAUGUUCGAGUCGAUGUUGGCAGUGUAGAAGAGCAGCCUACAAAGGAGUUGGACGGAAGUUCUACUCAGGCGGCGCCCGAAUGUGAAGUGUGGGAUCAAUGGGAUAUGAGGUUGGCCCUGAACAGCGAAGGGAGUACCGCAACAAUGGAGCAUCCUGAUGAUGAGCAGUUGGCCUGUUUGCGCAAAGCCGAGGUGGUCUUUACGGAAAACGUCGAGGCAAUCCUUGAAGGGCUAGAAGGUCCCCUUAGUGUGGUUUAUACGGAGAACCCAAGGGAGGUAGCGCUGAACUUUGAGGCCUGGGUCCCGGCUCUUCAGAAGGAGAUCUCCUCUUUAUCUCACGCAGUGGAGCGAGUGCUGGCCAAUGAUGAGCAAGUGCAGAGGGAGGUGAGUUCUGGAGAAGCUCAGCUUAUACCAAUGAAGAUCGUAUUUACAGUGAAGCCUCCAGACGCAGCAGCCCCAGGACAAGCACCGAGCAGCUUCUGCAAAAGAAAGUGUCGUAUUGUUAUCUGCGGAAACCUAGCCUCACACCAACCCGGCGAGGUCUACACCAACACGGCGCCUGCAGAAGUAGUCAGAGCAGCCCUUGCCAUUGCCAGGCUUGCCAGGGUGCGUAAGUGGAACUUGGGAAUAUUGGACGUCAUUGCGGCGUUUUUGCAAACUCCUUUUGCAGAGCUACACGGCGCACCGCUCGUCUAUGGUGUCCCUCCUAAACUACUUGUUCGUGCUGGGCUGUGUCAGAGUGGUGAGCUUUGGAAGCUGACCCACGCAGUCUAUGGCUUACAAGAGUCACCUCGACUAUGGGGACGGUACAGAGAUAUGCAGCUGGCGAAGAUCCAGAUAAUCUUUGAGGGGAAGCGUGUGACACUACUGCAAGGACGUGUGGAGCCGUCGUGGUGGUCGGUGCUACAAGAUGGGUCAGUGCUGAUUGGAAUUAUCGUGGUCUAUGUGGAUGAUAUCCUGAUUUGCGGGCACACGGCGAUCAUCAAGGAGGUGGAGCAGUGUGGAAGACGAAUGAGCUUCAGUUGGUUUCGGACGGCAUGA